CACCAACCACAACAACAACUGCUCCAACCACAACAACAGCUUCUCCAACAACAACAACAGCUGCUCCAACAACCACAACAGCUGCACCAACCAAAACAACUGCUGUUCCAACCACAACAACCGUGGCACCAACCACAACAACAGCUGCUCCAACAAUGACAACAGCUGCACCAACCACAACCACAACUGCUCCAACCACAACAACAGCUGCUCCAACAACGACAACAGCUGCACCAACCACAACAACAGCUGCUCCAACAACAACAACAGCUGCACCAACCACAACCACAACUGCUCCAACCACAACAGUCGUGGCACCAACCACAACAACAACUGCUCCAACAACAACAACAGCUGCACCAACCACAACAACUGUUCCAACUACAACCACUGUGGCACCAACAACAACAACAGCUGCUCCAACUACGACAACAGCUGCUCCAACCACAACAACAAUUGCUCCAACCACAACAACAGCUUCUCCAACAACUGCUGCUCCAACAACAACCACGACCACUGUGACUCCAAGAACAACAACUGUUGUUCCAACUACAACCACUGUGGCACCAACAACAACAACAGCUGCUCCAACCACGACAACAGCUGCACCAACCACAACCACAACUGCUCCAACCACAACAACCGUGGCACCAACCACAUCAACAGCUGCUCCAACAACGACAACAGCUGCACCAACCACAACAACAACUGCUCCAACAACAACAACAGCUGCUCCAACAACGACAACAGCUGCACCAACCACAACCACAACUGCUCCAACCACAACAACCGUGGCACCAACAACAACAACAGCUGCUCCAACAACGACAACAGCUGCACCAACCACAACAACAACUGCUCCAACCACAACAACCGUGGCACUAACGACAACAACAGCUGCUCCAACAACGA